UGACUAAUAGAGAGCACGUUAUCAGAAGCAGACACAGUGGGAUACACGCACCUAGGUAGCCAUAGCAAGCAUCAGCGUAAACAAGAUCGACAACAGUGCAAGCAACAUCAUCAAUAUCAUCGACAAAUCGAAGUUUCAGAAAUCCGCUGGCUAUGACUGCUGCUGUUGUCGUCCCACUGGGCCUUCUCUUCUUCUCCUCUGGCCUCGUCGUUAACCUCAUUCAGGCAGUAUGCUACGUGUUUGUGCGGCCGGUGUCGAAGAAUUUGUACCGGCGGAUGAACCGGGUGGUGGCGGAACUGCUUUGGUUGGAACUUGUGUGGAUUAUCGAUUGGUGGGCCGGUGUUAAGGUCCAAGUAUUCACAGAUAGUGAAACUUUUCGUUUAAUGGGUAAAGAGCAUGCUCUUGUCAUAUCCAAUCACAGAAGUGACAUUGAUUGGCUUGUUGGAUGGGUUUUAGCUCAGCGUUCAGGUUGCCUUGGCAGCACUCUUGCCGUGAUGAAGAAAUCCUCUAAGUUUCUACCGGUUAUUGGUUGGUCAAUGUGGUUUUCUGAAUAUCUUUUCCUGGAGAGAAGUUGGGCAAAGGAUGAAAGCACGCUAAAGUUGGGCCUACAACAACUGAGGGAUUUCCCUCUUCCCUUUUGGUUGGCUCUAUUUGUAGAAGGAACUCGCUUUACACAGGCCAAACUAUUAGCUGCUCAGGAGUAUGCAGUCUCAGCUGGAUUGCCUGUUCCUAGAAAUGUUUUGAUUCCAAGAACUAAGGGUUUUGUUUCAGCAGUAAACCAUAUGCGCUCAUUUGUUCCUGCCAUUUAUGAUGUAACAGUGGCAAUUCCCAAGAGUUCACCUGCUCCUACAAUGCUAAGACUCUUCAGAGGAAAAUCUUCAGUGGUGCAUGUGCAUAUUAAGCGACAUAUGAUGAAGGAUUUGCCGGAAGAAAAUGAAGCUGUUGCUCAAUGGUGUCGAGAUAUAUUUGUGGCUAAGGAUGCAUUGUUGGACAAACAUAUAGCUGAGGACACAUUUAGUGACCAAGAGCUGCAGGAUACCGGUCGACCUGUAAAGUCUCUUGUGGUUGUCAUAUCUUGGGCUUGUGUGGUUGUAACGGGGGCCAUAAAGUUCCUUCAAUGGUCUUCACUACUAUCUUCCUGGAAGGGUGUUGCAUUUUCUGCAAUAGGUUUGGGAGUUGUCACUCUACUCAUGCACAUCUUGAUUAAGUUCUCACAAGCUGAGCGUUCAACCCCUUCCAAGGUUGCCCCAGCAAAGUCCCAGACUAGGGAAGAGCUAGAGGCUAGGGAUAACAAACAAGACUAGUUCACACAAGUUAUCUGAAUAUUCUAUACAUAGAUAGGGAAUUCUUCAGAGCUCAUAACUUGAACUUGAAAAUUGCACUUCUGUGGUUUAUCAAAAAAGUUGCAUUGACGUGUCUUUAAUUACUCACUAUUGUUUGUUUUGGAAUUCCACCUCGUAUGUGUUCAUUACUACGCAUAUACUACUCAUUAUUUUCAAAUUAAUUAGGAUGAAUUUGUAUAGACAAAUAUAUACGAAAGGCGUACUAAAUCCUACCUAACAUUGAACUAUUUUGGACACUUGUACA